AUGGAACAACAACAACCACAGCAACAAAACGAUGGUCAACAACAGCAACAGCAACAGCAACAGCAUCAACAACAACAACAACAACAACAACAACAACAACAACAACAACAACAAAGUGAACAAGAAAGAAUAUAUAAUAAAAAACAAGAGCAUUUACCUUUAUUACAAACAGUUGAAGAAUUAGUAGAAGAGUUAAGACGAUCUUUAAUUGUUGUAGAAGAAUUUCAAACACCAAGUCAACAAUUAUUAUUUGAUAAAUUGAAUAAAAUAAUUAAUCUUUAUGAAAAGAUUGAAAGUAAUAGACAUAUUGUAAAUGAUGUUGAAAUACCUUUAGAAAUAUUUAGAGUUAUUGAUCAAAGUAAAAACCCUGAUUUAUAUGUAAAAGAAACAUUACAAAAUUGUCUCUCUGCAAAUGAAAAAACAAAAGGAAAAAUUGAAUCUAUUAAAAAUUUUAAAAAAGAAUUAGAAUCCCAUAUCUCUGAAUCAUUUGCAAGUGAAUAUGCUGAAUAUAAACUUUUAACUCAAAAAAAAGAAACACAAGAACAACAAAAUGAUGAUCAAAUCAAAGUUGAUGAUAGUAAUAAUAAUAAUAAUAAUAAUAAUAAUAAUAAUUAUAAUAAUAAUAAUAAUAAUAACAAUAAUAAUAUUAAUAAUAAUUAA